UGUCCCCACUGCCACUGGAGAGGCGAACUUUGCUCUUGCAACCAGACCGGGAGGACGGGAGAAGAGGAAAAGGACAUCUUUCCCCGCGUCCCCAGCUCGCGCCACCGAGGAUGCGGCUCCUCGGGAAGCUCCGCUCCUCGCCUCCGCCACCCGCCUUCUGCAACGUGCUCACGCCGGGCCGCAUCCCCGAGUUCUGCAUCCCGCCGCGCCUGCCCUCGCCCUGCGCGCCCGAAUCUCCGCCGCCGCCGCCGCCGGCCGCCUCCGUGCCCCGCCGCUGCGCCGCCGAACCGGACCUGUGGCCGCGCGCGGCCGUCGACUGGGACCCGCGCUCGCAGGCCGCGCUCUCGCUGCCGCACCUGCCGCGCGCGCGCACCGCCUACGGCUUCUGCGCGCUGCUCGAGAGCCCGCACACGCGCCGCAAGGAGUCGCUGCUGCUCGGCGGCCCCGGCGCGCCCCGGCCCCGGGCGCACACCUGCUGCGGCGCUGCCGACGCUCCGCUCGCGCCCGGCCCGCCCCCGGCCCCGGCCGCCUCCCCGGACGCGCCCCUCGCCCCGAGGCCCCGCGGGCGCCGCCUCCUGCGCGUCGCCGACGGGCUGCUGAGCCGCGCGCUGCGCGUGCGCGGGGCUCCCCGCCGGGCGCGCGCGCGCUCCGUGCCGAGCGGCCACGAGGACGACGUGCGCGCGCCCGCCCCUCCGCCGGCCGACCCGCGGCCCGAGCGCCUGCAGGCCGAGGGCACCGUGCCCCUGGGCCGCGCCGGCGACGCCCUGCGCCUGGCCGCCGAGUACUGUCCGCGCCGCGGGCGCCUCCGCAUCCGCCUGCUGCGCGCCGAGGGCCCGGCCGCCGCCCUCGAGCCCCGCGCCGUCGGCUGCCGCCUCAGCCUGGUGCUGCGGCCGCCGGCCGCCGCGCGCCCCCCCGCGGGCCUCGUGCUCGCGCGCAGCCGCAAGGCCUCCUGGGAGCGGGACUGCUGCUUCGACGGGCUCUCGGAGGAGCAGCUGCGCCGCCUGGCCGUGCGCGUGCACGCCGAGAGCAGGGGCCGCGGGCUGGAGCGCAGGCGCGCGCUGGGCCAGGGCGAGCUGCCGCUGGGCGAGCUGCUGCGGCUCUGA